AUGGCCUUUCCCAUAUUUUGUCCACCAAGACUCCCUUAUUCCGAAUUUGUGGGAGGGGUGACCGCUUUGUCACGGACACAGUUUGAACUAGUGGGUGGAUUCUCGAAUAUGUAUUUUGGUUGGGGCGGAGAAGACGAUGAUCUUCUUAAUCGAAUUCGUGUUCGCAAAUUGUGGAUUGAACGUCCACCGGUAACAAAGUAUAAAAUGAUUCGACACGGUCGAGACGAGCUGAAUGAGGUGAAUAAAGACAAUCGAGUAUUGUUGAGUACAUUCAAGGACAAAAUCAUGGAACAUGACACCUUCCUUCAGUCGAAGUACUUGGUGUUAACUGCGGAACCUCGAUACAAUGGUCUUGUGUACUGGAUUGAAGUUGAUAUCAUGGAGAAUGACAUCAUACCGAUGGUGGUUGAUGUUUACGAAUUUAAUACGGGUGUUAAGAUCACUGUAUGCAUCUGCCACUAUGAUGCCUUGUUCUGA